AUGUGUAUUUGGUAUAUUCUAUUGUUCAUUAUUCCAUUUGUACAUUCAGUUCAUUUUAAUUCAAAUGAAAAUAAUAACGAUAAGAAUUCAGUAUUUGUUAUUUAUCCACGAUUAUAUUUGUGUAAUAAUGGUUCAUUCUCAUUUGAAUUUCGUACAAAAGCAAGAAAUGGUUUAAUUUUUUAUACAAAUGAUAAUUAUUAUUCCGAUUCAAUUAUUGUUUCAAUAUAUAAUGAAAAAUUAUUAGUUGAACAAAAAUUUGGAAAAAGUAAAACUUAUCAACAAUUUGAUCAUUCAAUUAAUGAUGAUAAAUGGUAUAAAAUUGCUUUUAAACGACGUUCAUCAUUACUUACGGAAAUUGUUCUUUAUUCUGUUGCAUUACGAAAUGUUGAAAAUCGUAUAAUAAAAUCUAAAAGUUUAAAUUAUUUACCAUUUACUUCAUUAAAUACAAGUUCAAUGGUUUAUAUUGGUGGUUUACCAUUAAAUUUAUAUAAAAAACAACGACAUACAAGUGAAUUUUUAUUUCAAUCAUUUCAAGGUUUUGUACGUAAUCUUCGUUAUGGUUUAUGUGGAUGUCCAGAACGUAUACAAUAUCCACUUUUUUCAUCAUUAUCAACUAAUUUUCAAUCUGAAGUAUGUGAACAACAAAUGUCAUUAUGUUCAAGUUCAUCAUGUGAAUGUUUAAAUGUUGAUGAAGAACCACGUUAUCAAUGUGAUUGUAGCAAUAAAACAUGUAGUAUCAUGACUAUAAUGAAUAAGAAUCUUAUACAAUAUGAAAUUGAUUUUACAUCGGUUGAAUAUAUAUCAAAAAGUGAUGCAUCAUCAUUUACAUAUGGUACUCAUCCGUAUAUUUUUAAUGUUAUUAAAAGAGAUUUGAAUCAAUAUGGUCUUGUUACUUUUUCACCUAUUGAUAUUCAACAAGGUAACUGUAUGUGGGAUUUAAAUAAAUGUUCUAUAGAUUUAUCUUUGACAUUUAUUUUUUCAAUUGACCGUGUUAAUAAAUCAUCAACUAUAUUUACACAAUAUUUCAAACAUGCUGCUUCAAUUCAUAUUAAUUUAAAUGUUUUAAAUGCGACAUACUCAACUUUAACUUUUGACCUUUGGUUACCAUUUCAUCGUGGUCUUUUACGUACACAAAUUACUGAAUUCCCCUAUGAAACAUCAUUAUAUAUUAAUCUUGUCUAUCGCUCACCAUCAUCACUAUCCGUUUUUCUUUUCGGUCAACUUAUGGAUUAUACAAUAAAUCCAACUUAUGAUCAAUCAAAUAAACCAUCAUCAUUAUUCUUAUCAUUCAAUACAUUUAUACCAUUUCGUUCAAUACUAUGGUCAUAUGAACAACCAUCAUCUGAAUGUUGUGCAUUAACGCACAAGAAUGAGCGUUUAAAACGAGAUAUAGAAAAUCUCGAUAUUUGUCAAUGUGGUGCUCUUACCGAAGCAUCAUUAAACAGCAAUCGUUUAAUACCAAAAACGGUUAGUGAAUAUCCAUUACCAUUUAAUGUUCGAACAAAAUAUAUAACUGAUGAAGAAGAUUAUACUUUAUCCGAAUCAAUAUCAUUUUCUGUCCUAUCAAAACAACAAACAUCUCAAGCAACAACAAUUCUAGCUGGAUUUGCUUAUGAUAAUAUUUAUUAUGUAUUUGAUAUUGAAGAUGGUAAACCAAAAAUCAUUUUUUCACAAGAUGAUCUACCUGAUAUUACAUUAACCACAAAAGAUAAUAAUCAAAUAUCGAUUAAUGAUGGCAAAUGGCAUAAAUUAAAUAUUGAACGAUCAGAUAGAAAGUUAAAAUUUCAACUUGAUAAUAUCGAUCAAACUGAUGUGCAAUUACCUGAUGGAUGGCAAACAAAAGCAAAUAUAUUUAUUGGUGCAGAAUUAACACCUGUACCUAAUGGAGAUUUUAAUGGAAAACUUGGUGAUAUUGCGGUAACUAAUUCUGAACGAUCAUUAAAUCUUCGUGAAGAAGAUACAACAGAUGAAAAUGAUGAAAAUUUUAAAGAGUCUUCCACACCCCUUAUAUCAUCACUGUCUUCGUCAAAUGAUAAUAUUUUUGUUGUUGUUGAUAUGAAAUCAUCGCAAGUCAAACAAACAAUUGGUUUUCUUCCAACAGAUAAUAAUGAAAUAACUAUUCCAUCACCAUCUAAUGUAAUAUUUAAUACAUUAACAUUUUCAUUUCGUACACGUUCCAAUGUUAGUACACUUAUACAAUUUGGUCAAAUAAGUUUAAAUAUUGAUGUUGAUGGAUAUUUAGCAUUAGUUAUACGUGAUAAACAAGCUCAACGUAUUUUAUCUAAUGAUGAACAAAAACCAAUCAAUGAUGGAGCUUUAUAUACAGUUCAUUUACAACGUAUAGAUAAAAAUUUAGAAGCAUGGAUAACUAAAAAAAAUAAUUUUAAAACUCCAAAGAAAAUUUCCAUUGAACUUGCAUCAUCAAAAUUAAUUAUUGAAAAUUUUAUAUUUAGUCCACGUAGUCAAUUUAUUGGUUGUCUAGAAAAUGUAACAUACAAUGAUCAAUUAAUAACAUUUAAACAUUUACCAUUAAGCAGACAACAAUGUCCGUCAAGUAGUAUUGUUUUAAAAUCAAGUGAAAUUUUAUCAAUCAAUAACAUUUACAUUGAUCAAGUUAUUUCAUUUAAAGAAUAUGAUCGUCCAUUGAUCAUUACACUUGAUAAUACAGAAGAUUUUCGUAUAUUUUCAUUUUUAUUCUAUACUCACGAUUCCAAUAGUAUUAUUUGUUCAUUAGCCGAUGAAACUUAUGAAAAUUUUCUCACAUUAAGUAUUUAUAAUGAACGUUUAGUUUUAACUUUUGAUGAUAAACAAAGAAAACGAAUGAAAAUUAUGUUAAAUAAUUCUAUUAUGAUUAAUGAUGGACGUGAACAUGAAUUAGUUAUAAAAUUAAUUAAUAAAGAUGAUCUUAUAUUAGAAAUUGACCGAAAUAUUAUUAUGAAAAAAAUUAAUAAAAAUAUUCGUAUUCAUACAAUUUAUAUUGGACAAUUAGAUAGUUUUCUUAAAGAAAAACAUAUGGAUUUAGAUGGUGAUAAUUUUGUUGGGUGUAUAAAAAAUGUCAUGUUAAACGAAAAAGCAAUAAUUAAACUAGAUCAUAUCCAUCAUGCAGGACGACUGACUAAUAUAUGUCAAUUGACAAAACGCGGCCGUAAACAUGUUGUAUCAUAUGUAUCACCUGAUGUUAGUUUUUCAUUACGUGAUCGUCGUGAUAUAAUUGAACUUCAAGUACAACCAAAUGAUGAAUUUCGUUAUUGUCAAAUGCCAAUAAAAACUUUAUCUCCAAAUGGUAUUAUAACAUCAAUGUAUUCAAAUGAUGAUCAACGUGGUUUAGUUCUUGGUUUACAUGAUGGGAAAUUACAAUUAAAAUAUUAUUCACCAUUUAAUAAAACAUCACAAAUUAUUUUUAAUGAUAAUCAAACAAUAAAUGAUGGUAAACAACAUCGUAUUUUAGUUACAAGACAAAUACCUGAAACAACAUCACAUGAUGAUAUGUAUGUACAAAUUGAUAAACGUUCAACACAAGUACCAAUACCGGAACGUUCACCAAUGUUUUUUGAUGUUGUUACUAUUGGUGGUCCUUAUCGUUUAAUGACAGAUACAACAAAUAAUCCAUUUACGGGUUGUUUUGCAAAUGUUACAUAUAAUCGUCAACCAUUAUUACCUGAAGGUGUUCUUAAAGCUGAUCGUUAUGAUUGUUUUUAUCAACAAGGAACAAUGUGUGAUCGACAAAUGCCAUGUAAUAAUAAUAAUAUACGACCAUUACAAUUCUGUGGUCAAACUGAUUGUUCAAUGGUUUGUGCUCCAACAUCAGUAGAUAUGGGUAAUAAAGGUUUAGUACGUUAUUCAUCACAAAUUGUAGCUGGACAACGUGAACAAAUUGAUUUAACAAUAUUUACAACAUCAGCAAAUUCUACUCUAUAUAUGUCACGUGAUGGAUCUAUUCAAGUUUCAAUUGUUCUUCAGAAUUAUUAUCCACGUUUCGUUAUCCAAAAUGGCGGUGCUGUUUAUACAUACGAUUUUCCUGGUCGUGUUCGAGGUGAUCAAUGGCAUACAUUACAAUGCCAAAAAACAUCAAAUACACUUGACUUGACAUUUGAUUAUGAAACUCGACAUUACACAAAUCUAACCGGAUAUUUUAGUUUAUUUGGAGAUAAAAAAAUUCAUGUAUGUGGAACAAAUUUCUAUGGUUAUGUUCAAGAUGCAGCACCUCCUCCACCCGCAGUUCCCCAAUAUGAAGGACAAGCGGUGGGAGCGAUGCCAUGUUACCUUGGUUGUUGGACACCAUGUGAACGAAUCAAUUGUAUGAAUGGUGGUUAUUGUAUUCAACCCGCAACACCAACAACUUUAGCGUAUUGCCAUUGUCCCGCAACAUACACAGGAUAUCGUUGCGAGCAAUCAGUCUCAACAGAUCCUUGUUUAAAUUUUCAAUGCAACCAUGGAACUUGUCAAAAAGAUCGUAGUAAUCAACCGUAUUGUUCAUGUUAUGAGGGCUAUGGUGGCUCGCGAUGCGAAACUCAAAUUGAUCCAUGUGCACGAGUUAAUUGUAACCAUGGACGAUGCGAAAUCGAUCGUGGUUCAGCUGUUUGUCGAUGUUAUCAAGGUUAUAGUGGUCAUGAUUGUUUAACACCUUUAGGCACAUCUUAUAGAUGUGAAUGUCAUCGAGGUUAUGAAGGAGCAGCAUGUGAUCGACAAGUAGAUCCAUGCUCAACUUUUGUUUGUUACAAUGGAGGAGUAUGUGUUGCCCAACAGGAUUAUCAACCUGUGUGUCAAUGUGCACAAGGUUAUCGAGGACCAAAUUGUUAUGAAUCCGAUGCUGAUCCAUGCUUACGUUACGAUUGUGGAGGUGGUACUUGUACGAAUGAUCGUGGUGUUCCUCGAUGUAUAUGUCCAACAGGACGAGUAGGAAGUCAAUGUCAAGAGGAUGUUUGUACAAUGUAUCCAUGCGCAAAUAAUGGACAAUGUAUUCCUGAAGGAAAUAGUCGUCGUUGUACAUGUACACCACCCUAUUACGGUGAUGAUUGUCGAGAAACUCAUCGACCUAAUCCAUGCGAUAAUGUAUAUUGUGCUUAUGGUCAAUGUCGUGAAGGUAUCUGUGAAUGUCAUGCAGGUUAUACUGGAACACGCUGUGAUAUUCCUCCAGCUGAUCUUUGUGCUGGUAUCAAUUGUAAUCAUGGAACAUGUUAUGAAGGACGUUGUUCAUGUCCGGAAGGUUACACAGGAUAUUAUUGUGAAACUCCAAUCGUAACAGUUCCGCCAAUUCCAUUUAUUGCUGCAACAUCACCUCGAGAUCCAUUACUAGCACCUAUGAUUGGUCCUAAGAAAGGUCAAUUAAUUGAUUACGGCCGUGUAUUAGGUGCUCGUGCUGGUCCAAUUGGUUGGAUAUUAGCUAUUGUUUCUGGUUUACUAUUAUUUCCACUUGCACUUGCUUUUGCUGCACGUAAAUGUACACAUGGAGCUUGUUUACCAGGUGGUGCUCGAGCUGGUUAUGUACCAGUAUUAACAGGCACAUCAGGUGUAACACAAACUGAAAAUGCCUUAUAUGCUGGUCCAUCUAGUCGUACAACACGUGAUCUUCAAUUAAUUGAUCAACGUGGUGAUAAUUUAGCAUCAUCAGCAGCAGCCGGAUCAUCCGGUGGAUUAGAAACAACACGAAUUGAACAAACACGUGAAAUUGUUAGAGAAUAUGGCGGUAUGGAUUCCGCUGGUGGUAUUUUUACUACAUAUCCAACACUGUCAUCCCGAUAUGGUGACUUUGCACGCGAUGCACAUCAUCAACAAUCAUCAUCAGCUUAUUCUCAACAACAUGUCAUUGAAACCGAUUAUCAUGCACCACCUGUUGGAGAUUUCGGUUAUGGUCGUGGUGGUGUUGGUAUGGAUGGUUAUCGUGAUACAUUUGAAUCGUGGGAAGGUGCAGGUGCUGGCGGUGGUUAUUCUAUGAAUGCUAUGUUCGCUGAAGGUGGUUUACAAACUGAUUAUGAAUUAAGUAAUAUUAAUUCAGUUAGUAUGACACCUAAUGGAAAAUAUGCCAUUGUUGGACAAAGUCAAGGUCCACCACAAAUUUGGGAUGCUGUGAAUGGUCAACUUGUUUCCAGUAUGCAAGGAACAAGUGUCAAUUGUAGUAAAGUUGCACUAGCAUGUAGUGGUACACUAUUAGUUGGUUUAGCUAGUGAUGGUGUUGAUGCUCAACCAUGUGUACUUCAAAUUUGGGAUGUUAAUACUGGUAAACCAGUUCAAUUAACUCAUCAAAUAAAAUGUGCUACAUUUACAUUAAGUAAUAAUUCAAAUAAUCUCGUUAUGGCUGGUAACCAAAAAUAUGGACGUGGAAUAUCAGUUGGUAUACUUGAUUUAAACAACUCUGAAUUAACAAAAGAAAUAAAAUCUGAUACAAAUCAAUCUUAUGGUGGUACACCAUCAACUAUAAGUUUAACACCUGAUGAACGUUAUGCUAUUAUUGGUUGUCCAUCAGGACCAUCAUCAACAAAUUAUGUUGUUUUUGAUUUAACAACACAACAAGAAUUAAUUCAACCACCAACUAUAACAUUAGAUUCUGAUCCAAAAUGUUCAAUUGUUUUAAAUAAUGAACAAAUGUUAACUGGUACAAAGAAUGGACAAUUAGUUCUUUGGGAUAUACAAUCAUGUCAACGCGUACAUACAUUAAAUGAUAAUGGACAAAAUGCACAUCGUGAUCGUAUAACAGAUUUAAAAAUAUCACCUGAUCGUUCAUGUGUAGUUUCAUCAAGUAUUGAUGGUACUGCCAAAGUUUGGGAUGCAAAUACAAAAGAACUUAUUGCAAAAUUGAUUGGACAUAAACGAGAAAUUACUUGUAUAUGUAUAUCAACAAAUCAAUUAGUAGCAACUGGUUCGAAAGAUCAAAAUAUAUGUUUAUGGCGUUUACAUACAGGUCAAAUAGCAUCAACAAUGCCUGUUGGUAUGACACCAGUUGAUAUUCAUAUGGCUGCACAUAAUCGAACAAUAGUUGCCAUCGGUGACAAAGAUGGUGAAAGACAAUUAUUAAUGCUUCGUGUUGUAUCUGUACAACGAUAA